AUUUACUCGGUGAAGUAAGGCUCCGACCUAUUACCCCUUACACUAAUGCGAUCGCUGUCUCUCUGCUCCCAACCACCACCUCCUGCGCUGUCGACUGGCUCGACUUUUAUUCUUUCUUUCAUUCCCGCUUGACGCGCCGAGUCCUUUCUGCGAAAGACUGCUUUCUAGCCCAGCAUGGCCUUUGGAAACCUGUUUGCCAAGCCCCCGCGCUACUACAAGCCCCAGCGCACCACCGACAGCAUCGUCGUCUACCUCGCGCCCUCCCAGCCGGCGCCCACCCACGUUCCCUUUGAGCUCCAAUCCCACGUCAGCGCCGACACCUGGGCCAUCCGCGUCGCCGCCAUCUCGCGCGUCGCGGCGCAGUACAACAAGCCCAGGUUCGAGCGCGCCUGGACGCUGCUCGCCAUGCUCUCCAUCGUCAUCGUGCCCAUCGUCCUCUACCACGUCCUCAUCGACGCCUUCCACGUCCACUUUGACCGCUUCGGCUUCGCCGACACCGACGUCGACAAGCUCGUCGAGGUCCGCUGGAUCACCUUCGGCGUCUUUGCCGGCCUCGUCCUCCUCUUCCUCGUCCCCCUCGCCCUCUGGAAGUUCAUCGGUCAGAGGAGGGUGAACGGCAUGAUCAACGGCUGGGCGAGGGAGGACCGCGUCCUCCGCGGGUCGGGCACCCAGCUCCCCGUCUGGGCGGUCAAGACCCCGGGCGUCUUCCGGCCCACGAUCCAACUCACCGUGACCAUCCCCGCCUCCCCCGCGCCGACCACCUUCCACCCCGACGCGUACCUGCCCAACUACCUGAACAGCGCGUCGGACGUGUACCUCCCCCCGCGCAGCAAGGAGGACCCGCAGGGCCUCCCGCGCCUCAGCACCGUCGGCACCUUCCCCAUCUCCUUCGGCGCGAACAACGUCAACGAGAAGGUCUGAGUGGGAGACGAAUGUAUGCGCUGCUGAUGGCGGAAUGUGGACUUGGGCUGGCUGGACUAUUAAUACUAGUGUGAUGCAGGAGGGCAUGGUGUUGAGCAGGAAGGACAUGGGCUGGUGUAGAGUCAGAGUUCUGUAUACUUACUACGUGCAGGGGGAACCGGUGGUUGUGACAAGUCGAUGUAUCGUGACAUCUCGCAACUCCAGCCACACCGACUUUGUUCCCGCCUAUCUGGUUCUUACUUGCCAUUAUCGCAGUCCAAAUUAGCCUCGGGACUUUACAAAGUUCCUCGCCCUUGUCGGCACUUUGAACACUGCGCAGGCGGCUGCGUCACAUACACGUUACACCGUCCCAUCGUCUCCCGCUCACGCGCCAGCGCACUCGCUCAGACCCGGCCAUGACCAUCCACAGUCUAUACAUAUUCGACAGGCGCGCCCCUCCCCUCUCUCGCGGUAACGCC